GCGGGCGGGGGGGCAGGGCCGGGCCGGGAUCGCAUGCUUGCGGUGUGUGUGGGAAGCUCAGUCCGGACACUGCUGAGGAUGGCGAACCCCAGGGUGGUGUUUGUGCUGGGAGGGCCCGGCUCCGGGAAAGGCACCCAGUGCAGCAACAUAGUGCAGAAGUAUAGCUAUGUCCACUUGUCUGCUGGGGAACUGCUUCGUGCUGAGCGAAAGCGAGCUGGCUCCCAGUAUGGGGAGCUCAUUGAGAAUUACAUCCAAGAAGGGAAAAUCGUACCAGUGGAAAUAACUAUUUCACUUAUUAGAAAGGCAAUGGAUGAGACGAUGGUUUCAGAUGCUUCUAAAAACAAAUUUCUGAUUGAUGGAUUUCCAAGGAAUCAGGACAACCUGGAUGGCUGGGAAAAAAACAUGGAGGGGAAGGCUGACGUGGCUUUCGUGCUUUUCUUUGAAUGCAGCGAUGAGAUUUGUAUCCAGCGUUGCAUGGAGAGAGGGCUGAACAGUAACCGAUCUGAUGACAACUUGGAGAGCUUGAAAAAAAGAUUUCAGACAUACUGGGAGUCCACUCGACCUAUUAUAGAACAUUAUCACAAACUGGGCAAAGUAAGAAAAGUGGAUGCAUCCAGCACUAUUGAGGAGGUUUUUGCUGACGUCCAGAAAAUCUUCAGCCAUGAAGAUUGAAUUGGGAACUCUUGGAAAUAUUUUACAGAUCAGAUGCUUGAAUCUUGCUGAGAUUAGCUGCUACUACAUUCUACCUUUUUGUUUACUUCAUAUUUUUUUUAAAAAAUGCUAUUUCUUCAUCGAAUAUCUUCGGGAUGGAUAUAUGUAUCAUUCUUUCUUUAUGGUGCAGACUAAUGUAUCUUCUUUUGUAAAUUUAUUUUGUAUGCAAACAUUCUUUUGUCGAGCGUGGUGAAGAAGAAACGCUUGUUUUUUAAAAGAUAUUUUUUUAAAGGAGGAGAGAGGAAAAAAAAUCCACACUUAUAAACAUGCUUCUAACUAGGGUUCCUGAAUGGUCCAUUGUGGAGUAGAAUUGUUCUUGUGAGAAGGUUGCUUUUGUUUAAGGGUGAAUCUAAACCUUUGAGGUUUGCCACUGACGUCACUCCACGCUUAAUGAUCCACAGAUUGCUUGGAAGGGGAAAAAGUGCCUGAGCGGGCACUUUUGACUAACCCCUGUGGCCGAUUUAAAUUUAUUAAGGUUCCAACUCAGUUGCAGUCCCAGUUGACCCAGAUUUGAACGAGGCACAGAAUGGGCUGUGGAGUCCCAGGAAGAUGUGCAAAAAGGAUCUGCAUAUGUUUGGUUUUUUUUAAAAAAUUGAGAAAAAUUGCCUCUGAAUAUUUAUGUUCCAGUCUACCUGGUAAUUAUUGACAAAUCUUUAUCUGAUUGAAGGUGGCUCUUACUGUUUAAAAACUAAAUGAAUUCAAACCAUGAAGAUAUAUUUCCAGCCAUAUGCUGUGGUUUUAAAAACUCAUAAAGUGUGUGUGUGAGUGUGCUUAUAUAUACACAUACGUGUGUGUAAAUAAGCACAGUGUGUCCCGAGGGACAGAUGCAUUCAGAAGUAAAAUGUUCCUGUGUGGAAUCCAGUCACUGCAAGACUGUGUUUCAGAUCAGUGGGUGCUUUUGUUGUUAUUCUGGUUGAGCUGAAAUGCAUUAUUAAACGUAUAGGAGUAUGGAAUAGGCAAAGGCAGUUUUGUUAUAUAUGUAUCCUGUCCAGUAAACAGUAGUUGUCUUCAAUAUCUUGUCAAGCAGGGUACUGUGCAUGUGAGUUUUGCUGUCAUUUAUUCAUGACCAAUUGUUAUAGUUAUAAAAAAAAUUAUAGCUUAACAAAAGUUAUAGCAAUUCCAAACCUCACUUUCUUAAACUGGCUGAGUUGGGCUUCCUUCUAUUGAAGUUCUGAUGAAUUCAGUUAUUAAAGGAGAGGUUGAACCAGAGUACCUCACUCCUUUAACUUGAUCACAAAUGAUUUCUUUUAGCAAAUUUGUUUCUCAACUUCCUGCUUCGUUGCCAAGAUCAUAUCUUUUCCUGCUAUUUCAUUUAAUAGCCAAGAUCAGGUCUGGUCCUACUCUACCGAUAAUACAAAUUCAUUAUGAUUGUGGUAACAAUACAGCAAUCACUAACUUGGAAGUUUCGCGGUGCGCCACAUUGUAAUGAAAUGCUAGAGCUCAGGCAAACUUUCCUUGUAGUUUAUAUUUUACACGUUGGCUGUAGAUUCAGUUAGAAUUCUGCCUGGCAUUUGGUGAGGGUAGGGGAUUGGGGGCUGUAAUAAUAUUUAUUCCACUGGUAAGAUUUUUUCAGGUAUGCAAGCAUUUUAGGGCAUUUUAUUUUUUACGUAAAUCCAUGUUGCUGAGCAGGUGAAUUACAUUUGAGCGGAAUUAUUUAUUAUCAUCUCUCUUGCAUUUUGGGGUCCAUUGGUGAGCUGUACAAACAGAAACCUUAGAACCCAGAACUUUCGACAAAUGUAGUUCAACUUGAGGAGAGGGUGUUUGAUUUUAUGUAAUAGCUACAGAAAUAAAAAUUCUGUUUAAAAAAAAA